GUUCUUGUGUGUGGGUUGUCUAUUAUAUAUGGAAACCCAUCACCAUCCUUGUGGGUAUCGAAACUAAACUAAGAUUUCAAAAGCGUGAACCUUGUUACUCAGAGGCCAGAGGGCGAGGGAUUGAGCAACAAGAUGACACCCGUGUAAUCCAAUAAACUCACUUUCUCUUUCAUUUUGCGCUCAUCAGGGUAUUUUUGUUGAGAAAUCCGCGGUAUCGAGCCGAUUAUUAUCUUCGCUAUAAAACACAAGCUCAUUGGCAGCCUGUAAGACAAGGAGAAAGACAGGGCGAGAGAAACAGACAGAAGAAUGACGGCACUUCAGCGCACCGUCAAAUAUGAUCUGUUUCAGGAGGUGGGAGUGGCCCUCGCGAGGCAAUCUAAAACCGCAAAGCCUCAGGAGGGGGUGAAGUUGACGGCCUAUCACCUCCACCCUGGGGUGUCUGACCCGCUGGUCUCCAGCGCCCGCAAAUCUCUCCCGAACAUCACUGUCUGUGUGCAGACCUGCGAGGGGAAGCAGAGGGCUCUGCAGAUUCCAAUGCAUAUGAGAGUCUACGAGCUGAAGAACGCGAUAUCCCGGGAAAUGGGAAUCCCGGUAGAAUCCCAGAUCCUCUACUGGAAAUCUUCGGAGCUGGAGAAAAUGAAGAAGCUUUGCGACAUUACCAUGAAGGACAGCAUUUGCGUCACUGUGGUGCACAAGUGCCUCGGAGGCUGAUGUGUGGAGACUACAUCUCUCACUUCCCCAUCCUGUUUGUGCUCGCUUUCUCCACACUGGAGAUUUCUGCUCUAACGCCUUUCCCCGGCUCUCUCUCUCUGCACUUUUGCUCGAUAUCCCGCACUGAAGCUGUAUUCUCUAACCCCAUUCCCCAGAUCACUCCGUCUCCCUCUCUCUCAUGGUUUUGCUAAUGAUGCCGAUAAAAAAUUGUGUUUGACACUUUUGCUGUUGGGAGAUUUUCUCGAUGCAUGUUAUGUCCCGUGAUUAACAAGGAUUAAAUAUGUGAAAAUAGAA